AGACAUAUGGAAUCAAAAGUACUUGGUAGGUCAUGUACCUCACCAUUAUUGACAAUUUAAGUCAAUGAAACUCUCAUCCACCUCCCUCACUCUUUCCAUCCGACCCAACCCAUAAAAAAUAGAUAGGGGAGCUCUACAACUCAUCAUCCCCAUAUCCAUAACCGAGCUCAAGGUUGGAGGAGGUUCAAAGGUGAAGAAAAGCUUGGAAAAGAAGAGAAAAACUUAGAAAAAUCAAGGAAUUUUACCAAAGUAUUCUAGACUUCUCAAGGAAUCUAGGAGUGGCCGGAAAAGUCGCCGGAGCCGCCGGAGUUUUUGCCGGAAAAUUCAAAAGUCGCCGGAGUUCGAACAAAGAAGAUCUUGCUAGCGUCAUUUCAAGGUUGAAGCUAGAGCAUACUUCCUGCACCCGUUGCUCGGGAGAUCGAUGGAGAGAAGACGUGAUGUCAUCUAGAUAUAGUGCAGCCUCUGGCUUCAGGUUGUUGAACUCCCUGCAGCACCAUGUCAAAGAAUUCAAAAUCGUUUAUAAUGAUUCUGUUCCCAAAAGCAUUGCUGAGAUCCACCUCCACCCAUCUACAAAGGUUAUUGUCGCCUCUCUCCUGAAAAGAGAGUGGCAGAAUUCUGCCCUUUGGGAUUUCUUGAGUAAAAUUGGUGUUUUGACCGGCCAUACCAGCACCGGUGUAUCUAUGUCAGGGAUUAUAUACUCAGUGUACAGAUUCGGCCUGGAUGACACCCUGAAGGGGCUUAUUGAAAAACUGGUUCCGGCCAAGAUCGCUGAUAAUCAAAAGCAGAUGGAGAAGAUGAUUCAAAUGCUUGAGCAGAUUAACUACAGCGUCACACGCCUCCUAGAUGCAGCCAAUAUUUCAGGUGACAGCCGCUGCGGUUCAGGCAGCGAUGAUGGCGGUUCAGGCGGUUCAGGCGGUGAUGGCGGUUCAAGAGGUGAUGGCGGUUUAAGAUUGUUUACCGUAGUAGAACAAUCAACGAAUACGUUUGAAGAUUGUUGGGUGUGUUUCGAAAAACAAAGAAAAUUAAUUAAUAAAAAUUAAUUAAAUAAAAUGACUUAAAGAAAAACAAGAAAUGAGAUAGAGCAGAAUAGGCCAAAGCUCGUGCUACGCACGAUUUCCUUAAAACGUAUUCGUUGCUUCCCGGGGUGCUAGGAGCGUUGCAAUGAUCGUUUCCCAGGAUACGAUGACUUCGAACAAUAUUUUAGCACUCAAACUAAAGUUCCAACGAACGUGAACAAAGGCUGAACACAAAGGAAAUUUUCUGGAAUGCUAGAGGUGUUUUUUAGCUCAGAAAUACGUGAAGAAAGUGUGUAUGAAUUUGUGUUUGUUGCAAAUCACCUGCCAGCUAC